UGGUUGUUGCACCAAGCACCUCCGGGUCCCUCCAUUCAUUGGAGACAAGUCACAUCUCCCGUUAUAGAACAAAUCUGGGCUAGCAACAAAAAAAGUCCAGUUUUUCGGUUUGUGUUUUGAUGACCGGUUGAAACGGACCGCUCGCAAACAUGGAAACUUACGGCAACUCGAACAAGAAACCGAAGCUAGGCAACGCUGCCCAAAACUGGGGAAUGCAACGUGCAACCAAUGUCACCUAUCAAGCUCAUCAUGUUAGCCGAAACAAGCGUGGGCAGGUUGUGGGCACAAGAGGAGGGUUCAGAGGAUGCACCGUUUGGCUGAGUGGUUUGUCAGGCGCAGGAAAGACCACAGUGAGCAUGGCUCUGGAGGAGUACCUGGUGUGUCACGGUAUCCCCUGCUACACCCUGGAUGGGGACAACAUCCGCCAGGGGCUGAACAAAAACCUAGGCUUCAGCCCAGAGGACCGUGAAGAGAACAUCAGGCGCAUUGCUGAGGUGGCUCGGCUUUUUGCUGAUGCUGGGCUGGUCUGCAUCGCCAGCUUUAUCUCCCCCUACAGCAGGGAUCGCCUCAAUGCUCGGAAGAUCCAUGAGGCUGCAGGGCUACCUUUUUUUGAGGUGUUUGUGGACGCUCCACUGGAUGUCUGUGAGAAGAGGGACGUAAAAGGGCUGUACAAGAGAGCCAGAGCGGGAGAGAUACGAGGUUUCACUGGGAUUGACUCAGAGUACGAGAAGCCAGAAGCCCCAGAGCUGGUGCUGAAGACUGACUCUUGCAGUGUGAAUGAGUCCAUACAACAGCUUGUUGACCUGCUUCAAGAGAGGGAUAUAGUUCCCAUUGAUGGUUCUUAUGAAAUUAAAGAGCUGUACGUUCAAGAGAAUAAACUGGACCUGGCUAAGGCUGAUGCGGAGACACUGCCUGCUGUGCAGAUUGGGAAGGUGGACAUGCAGUGGGUGCAGGUGCUGGCUGAAGGCUGGGCCACUCCUCUGAAUGGCUUUAUGAGAGAGAGAGAGUAUUUGCAGUGUCUUCAUUUUGACUGUCUGCUUGAUGGUGGCGUCAUCAACCUGUCGGUGCCCGUGGUGCUGCCGAUCUCUACUGCCGAUAAGGAGCGCUUGGACGGCGUGACCGCGGUGGCUUUGGUCUACAACGGCCGACGAGUAGCCAUCCUGCGCAACCCCGAGUUCUAUGAACACCGCAAAGAAGAGCGGUGUGCUCGUCAGUGGGGCACCACCUGCAAGGACCACCCUUACAUCAAGAUGGUGAUGGAAAGUGGGGACUGGCUGGUCGGGGGAGACCUGCAGGUUCUGGACAAGAUCUACUGGAACGAUGAACUCGAUCAGUACCGACUGACACCCACCGAGCUCAAACAGAAGUUCAAAGAAAUGAAUGCCGAUGCUGUGUUUGCCUUCCAGCUCCGCAACCCAGUCCACAACGGCCACGCCCUGCUGAUGCAGGACACCCACAAGCGCCUCAUCGAGCGCGGCUACCGCCGGCCCGUUCUGCUUCUCCACCCGCUGGGAGGAUGGACCAAGGACGACGACGUGCCGCUGCCCUGGCGAAUGAAGCAGCACGCCGCCGUGCUGGAGGAGGGCAUCCUCAAUCCAGAGUCUACCAUCGUGGCCAUCUUUCCUUCACCCAUGAUGUACGCCGGGCCGACAGAGGUUCAGUGGCAUUGCAGAGCCCGAAUGGUGGCUGGAGCCAACUUCUACAUAGUGGGCCGUGACCCUGCAGGCAUGCCCCACCCUGACACGGGAAAAGAUCUGUACGAGCCCACUCAUGGCGCCAAGGUCCUCACCAUGGCCCCCGGCCUCAUCACCCUGGAGAUUGUACCCUUUAAGGUUGCAGCUUACAACAAGGUCAAAAAAGCAAUGGAUUUUUAUGACACCAACAACCAUCAAGAUUAUGACUUCAUCUCAGGCACACGUAUGCGUAAGAUGGCUCGCGAGGGAGAGAAUCCGCCGGAAGGCUUCAUGGCCCCGAAGGCCUGGGCCGUGCUGAAGGAAUACUAUAAAUCACUGGAGAAGGCCUAAAGGUUGAGUCUCAGAUGACACAAACAUGGAAAGACCUUGACGUCUAACCGGGUCGAUGUGGGACCACUCAUCUACUGUCACAAAUCUGCGUUUUGGCUUCUGUCUGUGUCACUUUCACCCGCAACUGAACAUGAAACUGCUCCCAGUCUCAGUUGUUGUUGUUAGUCUUAUGACAUCAGAGUGAGUUUGGUUAAAUUAAGUGUAACUAAACGUUUAUUUUUAUUAAAAAAAAAAUUUAAAAAAAGAACUCCCUUUGAUUUGGAAUUAUAGUAGAAGUCAAACAAAGAAGUUCUUUAAAUAGAUGUGUUUUUCUCACUAACUUUCUAACUGUAUAUUCAAUUAACUGUUAACAUUUCAAAGACUUUCAAAGUACUGUUGACCAGUAUUUAAAUAGGUGUGGAUGUACGUUCAUUAUUUGUGGUGUCCAAAUUUACAAAGGUACUGCCCACUCAACUCCUUAAUGAAACCCCCAAAAAUUUGCUUUGUACUUUAUGUUUACAAGUGGCAGUGGUAAUUGCGCAAAAUUGGGUAUGCCCAAUUUCUUUCUGUAAAAGUUGAUGCCUUGGUCCUCGGAAAGUGAUGUCACAUGAUGUCUUGUUUGAAUUAGGACACUCACUAAAACACACACACACACACACACCUGCUUCUUGUCUCACUUGACUUUGUUACACUGUCUGAUACGGUCUAGUAGUUGAAGAAUUUCGGAUAUACAACCGAAUACGUCGUAAACUUCUACAAACCAUUUCUAUUUAUUCUGUCCUAACAUUGCUUUGUUCUUCUUAUUCUCUUUAUAACUGUGGUGCAUGUAGCUUUGGUGCUCCAAACUUACUAGUCUUAUCAUCAAUAUUGAUAUUUUGUUACAUUGUCAUCUUCCUUUUUUGUUUUCCUCAUGCGUUGCUAAUAUAUUCCACGCAGUAAUUCAUUGUGUGGCCCUGCAUUGUCAGACAGUUGGUAGUUCCAUCAUGGGAUCAGAUUUGUAAUGGUUCUUAAAUAAUUCAAAAAAAUAAAUAAUUUUG